AUGGGUAUCCGUGCAACCAUAGAACGCAAGCUCAAAGUACGAGAGGUAUAUGGGGAUUCUGCACUAGUGAUCGAUCAACCCAAAGGUGAAUGGGAGACAAGAGAUCCCAAGUUGAUCGAGUAUAGAAGGUUGGUCCUAGAAUUAAUUAAAGAGUUUGAUGACAUCACCUUCUGCUACCUUUCGCGAGAUGAAAAUCAGAUUGCUGAUACUCUAGCUACCUUAGCUUCCAUGGUCAACCUGAACAAACAAGAGGAUGUAAAACCUAUCUCAAUGAGUAUUUAUGAAGCUCCGACUUAUUGUUACAAUAUAGAGGAUGAGGAAAAGGAUGAUCACCCUUGGUACUACGAUAUACUGCGAUAUGUAAAGAAUCGUGAAUACCCUGAUUAG